AUGGGGUCCGAAAUCACCGCCUCCUCACUCUCCCAGCUCCUCGAGCACGACACAUGUGUGAAGCUCGCCGGCCUCGACGUCGACGGCAUCUUGCGCGGCAAGCUUGUCUCCAAGAAGAAGUUCCUGUCCAUCGCCGCGGAAGGGUUCGGCUUCUGCUCCGUCAUUUUCGGCUGGGACAUGCACGACCGGACCUACCUCAAGGAGCUCAAGGUGUCCAACGCCGAGAACGGGUACCACGACAUUCUCGCCAUUCCCGACCUCUCUACAUUCCGCAGGGUGCCCUGGGAGAACAACGUGCCGUUUUUCCUUGUCAGCUUCCAUGACCCGGACACCAGGAAGCCCAUUGCCCCUUGUCCGAGGGGCCUGCUGAGGAAGCAGUUGGACAAGGUGCACGCCAAAGGCUACGGAGCCAUGGCCGGCGCUGAAUACGAGUUCUACACCUUCCGCAACCCAAACAACGACAGCGCCUCUCCCGCCGGCUUCCUCCAGCACAACCCGCCGCAUCAGCUGCCGUCCCUGACUGAAGGCAUGUUUGGCUACUCGCUCAACCGGCCUGUCCACAACAAGGACUGGUACUACGACGUGUACAGAACGUGUGCCCGCUUCUCGUGCGACAUCGAAGGGUGGCAUACCGAGUCCGGGCCAGGCGUCUACGAGGCGGCGCUCGAAUUCGGCGAGGUGGCAGACAUGGCUGACCGUGCCAGCCUGUUCAAGUACGUGGUCAAGAGCGUCGGCAUCAACCACGGCAUCACGCCGUGCUUCAUGGCCAAGCCCAAGCAGGGCCUCCCCGGAAACAGCGGCCACAUGCACGUCUCCAUCGUCGACAAGCACGGCAAGAAUCUCCUCGCCAGGGACGACGUGGACGCCGCCGCCAAGUGGAACGACAUUGCGGCCCUGUCCGACCUGGGGCGGCACUUCCUGGCCGGUCUUCUCGAGGGCCUGCCGGAUGUCAUGCCCAUGCUCGCACCGACAGUCAACUCGUACAAGCGGCUCGUUGAGAACUUUUGGGCGCCCGUCACUGUCUCGUGGGGGCUGGAGCACCGCGCGGCUUCUAUCCGUCUCAUCUCCCCGCCGACCUCCAAACCUGGCGCGACGAGGUUCGAGGUGCGGACGCCCGGCGCCGAUUCAAAUCCUCACUUUGUAUUGGCAGCCAUUCUGGGCUGUGGGUGGCGUGGCGUAGAGAGGAAGCUGGAGAUUCCGUGCCCGCCGCUGGCAAUGGGGCAGGAUACAGGCGGUGCGGGCGACAUGGGCGAGCGGCUGGCCAAGAGCCUCAAGGAGGCUACGGCGCGAUUCAUGAGAAAAGAUAGCAUCGCGAGGGAGAUUUUUGGUGACGAUUUCGUCGAUCAUUUCGGUGGCACCAGAGAGAAUGAGGUGCGGCUGUUUGACGAAGCCGUCACGGAUUGGGAAAUGAAGCGCUACAUUGAGACCGUGUGA